GUACAAUCACGGAUGGAUCGUCGUUUUAUUUUGACAGGAGCGUCGAUGUAACAUGAAUUGUAACAAAGUCUCUUUUAAAGCUCUGAUUGUAAGUAAUACAUCCAACAAGUAAAGAGGCCAUUUGGAUUCAAACAAGCAAGAAUAAAGUCCGGGUGUGUCCACUGAAGUCUACAUGACAUACUGUUGUAAAGAUGGAGUUGGAGUUUAUUAAAGUGGAGAUUGUGGAUGAUGACAUUAGUUAUCAUGAAGCAUACAGAGUGGAAAGUGAAGAGACCGGGGAGCAAAGAGAUCUGAUGGAUGUGAAAGAGGGAAGUCAAGAACUGAAUGAAGUGGAGCAAGGACAUCAGUAUGAGGACCCUCAUUAUUUUAUAGCUGAAGAUGGAUCUUUUAGUUGCUCACAGACUGAAAAUGAAAAUGUUCAGUCUGGAGCCACUAAGUCUUUCACCUGUCUUCACUGUGGAAAAAGUUUCACAUGUAAAGGAGACCUAAAGAGGCACAUGAGAAUUCAUUCUGGUGAGAGGCCUUACACAUGCCUUCAGUGUGGCAAGAGUUUCACAUGGUCACACAGCCUCAAAGAUCAUCUGCUCUCGCACUCUGGACUCAAGUCUUUUCACUGUGUCCAGUGUGGAAAUAAAUUUAUUUCGCCUACAGCCCUGAAAAGACACCAGAAAAUUCAUGGAAACGAGAAGCCUUAUGUGUGUUCUUUCUGUGACAGGAGUUUUACACGACUGGACUAUUUGAAGGAACACCUAAAAAUACAUACUGGUGAGAGAGCUCAUGUGUGCUCAGAGUGUGGAAGUGCCUUUUCUAGAGCCAGUUGCUUGAAAGAACAUCAAAUCAUCCAUACUGGAGAGAAGCCUUACAAGUGCACACAUUGUGGCAAGAGUUUCAAUCGACCAAGAGCCCUGAAAAUACAUGAAAGGGUCCAUAAUAGAGUAAAGCCGUACCACUGCUCUUUAUGUGGGACGAGUUUCAUCACAUCAAGUAAUCUAAUGACCCAUAAAAAAAAGAAUUGUCCUAAGUUGUCACAGAGACCUGAAAGUUCAUCUUCAGGUCCAGUGCUUAAUAGUGUGAAAAUAUUAUGAAA